GAUUUUACUAAUUCGAUUUUAUUUCACCAAAACAAUUUUACCUAAAAUAUCAUAUAACCAAUCAUUUGUUGGUCCGAAUAUAAAGAAGUUCGAUAUUUUUUAAGUAAGAUCUCGAGUUUGAAUUUUGUAAAUUCAGAAAUAGGCGCGAGGAAAGAUUCACCCAUUAUGAGAUCGAUUGAUGUAUGCAACUACUUGAGAUGUCAGGUAGUUAAAGUGCCACCUCUACCAGAGCUAGAGUCUUUGAACUUGUUUUUAGAUAAGGUUGGGCAAGAUGUUCUACAAAUUCCCAAUUUGGAACAGAUUUUGAAGCUUAUGGUGGCUGAAUGCGCUGGUUUGCCAUUGGCCAUUGUUGUCAUUGCGGGGAGCAUGAGAGGAGUACAAGAUAUUUCUGAGUGGAGAGAUGCAUUACGUGAAUUGCGUCAGUGUGUGGUGGACACAGAGAAAGAUUCAGAAGAUGAGAUAUUUAAUCGUUUGAAGUUCAGUUAUGACCGUCUACCAAAAAAUUCAAGCAUCCAAGAGUGUUUCUUAUAUUGCUCAUUGUAUCCGGAAGAUUGGAAUAUUAGAAGACAAGAUCUAAUUGAAAACUGGAUUUGUGAGGGAACUGUUCAAAAAUUAGGAAGCAGAAGAGAAAUGCAUGAUAAAGGAAAUGCUAUUUUAAAUAGGCUUUUAAACUGUUGUUUGUUAGAGGAAGCCAAUAAAGAGGCGUGUGUUAAGAUGCAUGAUGUUGUGAGGGACAUGGCAUUGCGCAUCAAGAGCACGGGUCCUGGCAGGUUUAUGGUAAAAGCUGGAAUGAGAUUGGAAGAGAUACCGGAUGAGGAUGAAUGGAAUGAAGAUCUAGACAAGGUCUCCCUCAUGAAAAAUGAAAUAUCACAUAUCCCUAAAAAUAUGUCCCCCAAAUGCUUGAUGCUCUCAACCUUGAUUUUGGAGGGUAAUUACGGAUUGAGACAAAUUUCAGAGUGGUUUUUUGCUAACAUGCCCCUGUUGAAGUUUCUUGAUCUUUCUAAUACUGGCAUUGAGGUUCUACCUAAUUCCAUAUGUAACUUGGAAUAUCUAACUACACUGAUCCUUUGUGGAUGUAGGAGUUUAAAAUGCAUGCCUUCCUUGUCAAAGCUUAAAGCAUUGAAGAAGCUGGAUUUGGCUGAAGUAGGCCUUUGUGAGGCUCCUGAAGGCAUUGAAAUGUUAGAAAAUCUGGAAUAUCUUGAUUUAUUUUGUCCAAACCUGAGGAGGCCACCUAGAGAAAAAAUCAGUAAGCUCUUCCGCCUCCAAUACCUACGUAAACAUCGGAUUUUUCCAACUGAAAUAAGAGGAGAAGAAGUAGCAGGAUUGAAGAUGCUGGAAUGGUUUGAAGGUAGAUUUGAUUGGCUGAAAGACUACAGCAGUUUUGUUAGCAACUUGAACCAUUUUAGAAGACCCAGUCAUUACUUUAUCGAAGUGCGAGGCACAGCGGGGCAUUUUUGGAAGUUAAACAAUAAUGAUCUUCCAGACACAGACAAAGAAGAGGCGGGGCUUUUUGGGAAGUUCGACAAUAAUGAUGAUCCAGACACAGACGAAGAAGAGGCGGGGGUUUUUCGGGAGUUCGACAAUAAUGAUGAUCCAGACACAGACGAAGAAGAGGCGGGGUUUUUUCGGAAGUUCAACACAGAUGAGGGAGAGCCUAAAUGGGUAAUUAUAUUCAGAUGCGAGAUAGGAGUAGAUGAGUUGCUCCUUCCAGAUGACCUUCAGGAUUUGAGGAUUGAAAAGUGCAAUAUGGCUAGUGAUAUUUCUAUUUUUCAGAAAAAUUUUACUCAAUUGCGAACAUGUGCUUUGGAAGACUGCCAAGGGAUAGGGUGUGUGGUCUCUUUGUCAUCAUCUUCAUCUACUUCCUCGACAGUUAUGAAUAACCUUGAAGUACUAACUCUUAAGGGUUUGAUUGGCUUGCGGGAUGUUGUGAAAGUAGAAACAACAAGAGCAUCGCUUGCAUCAACAAUAUCCAAUCUCUUCUUUUCCAAUCUUAAACAGCUGAGGGUAUCCUAUUGUUUAAAAUUGAAGAAGCUUUUUCCAUGUGAGCUGCUGCAAGGUCAAGGCCUCCAAAACUUGGAGCUGAUUGACGUGAAUAAUUGUUGCGAGAUGGAGGAAAUAAUAGGAUGGGAAGAAGAAGAGGAAGGAAAUCAAACAACUACUCCAAUAUUGAUCACUCUUCCAAAGUUAAGGAAAUUGGAGUUGGAAUACCUAUCAAAAUUGAAGAGAAUCUGCCCCGAAAGAGGAGUAAUGGUUUGUGAAUCUCUCAAUAGCAUCAAAAUAUCUUCCUGUCCGAAGGUAAAGAGGAUUCCUCUUUGUCUUGGAAGGGAAAACGCGCAACCAACUCUUCCUGCUGUCAAAUAUAUAUCUAUUGAAAAUCCAAAAGAAUGGUGGGAAUCGUUGGAGUGGGAGAAUCCUGACGAUAAGACUGUUCUCUUACCUUUCCUCAAAUCCAAAACAGGCGGCAACCCUUGGGUAGAUAUUAAAUAUGGGGAGCAAGAGCCCGAAUGGAUUUCCUGAGUCAUCCAUUGAUUAUCAAUUUGGUCAAUC